AUGACAGAAUCAUACCCCCCUCCCAGCUAUAGCCGGGAUGACUACAACUUACUACCAUACUAUCUGUCUUCAACGGGCACUUACACGACCACAACCACAGCGGAAUCCUUCUCGUCAAAUCAACCCGCCUACUACACACCGUCCCCCUACGCCAGCCAAUUCUCGCAGUUUUCCCCAGAAGUGUCAAAAAACCUCCCCAACGCAUACACCUACGCGGUUCCGGCUGAGGUCUACACCUACGCCUACCUCCCCUCUCAACCUCUCUACUUCGACCAAAGCCCUUUCCCUUGGGCAGAGACAACCCCGCACCCCAGUCCAGAGUUUCAGCAUAUAAACCCCCGAUCUCUCUCAGCAGCAUCCUCCAAACCAGCCUCCCCGCUCGCCCGCGACCCCCAAACAGACACCAUCAAACGCCAACGCUACCUCCACAAGAACCGCGUGGCGGCGACGAAAUGCCGCUCCAAGAAAAAGCAGUACAUCCAGCAACUGCAAUCCCGCUUCGAGGACCUAUCCCUUGCGAAACGCGAGCUGCAGUGCCAGGUGCAGACGCUGCGGGAUGGGCUGAUCUCGCUUAAAGAGGAGUUGGUGAGGCAUGCGCGGUGCGGGGAUGGGCCGAUCACGAGUUAUAUUGAGAAGAGGAGGGCAAGGUGUACUUGA